UCGAAGCAGACGCUCUUGAGACGCCGAAGGAGGAGGACGUGAUCAUGGUGUGGGGUUUUGUGACCUGCGGGCCCAACGAGGCCUUGGUCAUUUCAGGAUGUUGCCACAAAAAGCCUCUUUUGGUCCCUGGUGGACGAGCAUUCGUAUGGCCCACUGUCCAGCAAGUACAGAGGAUCUCCCUCAACGUCAUGACACUGCACGUUGAGUCGCCGAGGGUCUACACUGCACAGGGCGUUCCCAUCUCUGUCACUGGUAUUGCUCAGGUGAAAGUCCAAGGUCAGUAUGAGGAGAUGCUGCUAGCGGCUUGUGAGCAGUUCCUCGGGAAGAGUGAGGCAGAAAUCCAGCAGGUGGCGCUUGAAACACUGGAGGGACAUCAGCGUGCCAUCAUGGGUUCCAUGUCUGUUGAGGAGAUCUACAAGGACCGUAAGAAGUUCAACCAGAACGUCUUCGAGGUUGCGUCCAGUGACCUCAUCAACAUGGGCAUCACUGUCCUCUCCUAUACCCUGAAGGACAUCCAUGAUGAUGAGACGUACUAUGCAAAGGGCUACUUAGAUGCUCUGGGUAUGGCGAGAACGGCCGAGGUGAAGAGAGACGCCCGCAUCGGAGAAGCCGAGGCGCAGAAGGAUUCCCAGAUCAAGGAGGCCAUUGCCGAGGAGGAACGCAUGGCCGCCAAGUACAUCAACGACACAGAGAUUGCCAAGGCCCAGAGGGACUUUGAGCUCAAGAAGGCCACUUAUGACAUGGAGGUCCAGGCCAAGAAAGCAGAGGCUGAACUGGCCUAUGAGCUCCAGGCUGCAAAGACCCGACAAAAGAUUAAGGAGGAACAGAUGCAGAUCAAGGUUGUGGAGAGAGCCCAGGAGAUUCUCAUUCAGGAUCAGGAAAUUCAGCGUCGUGAGAAGGAGCUGGAAGCCACUGUUAAGCAGCCAGCCGAUGCAGAGAAGUUCAAGCUGGAGAAGCUGGCUGAAGCUAGUCGUAACAAGACCAUGCUGGAAGCCGAAGCCGAAGCUGAAGCCGUCCGCGUGAAGGGUGAGGCCGAAGCCUUCGCUGUCGAAGCCAAGGCCAGAGCCGAGGCUGCCACUAUGACGGCCAAGGCUGAGGCACAGAAGGAGUACAAGGAGGCUGCCAUGCUGGACAUGUACCUUGAUACCAUGCCCAAGGUGGCUGCUGAAGUCGCAGCUCCUCUGUCCCAAGCAAAGAAGUUGACGAUGGUAAGCAGCGGCAACUCCGAGGUGGGAGCUGCCAAGCUGACUGGAGAAGUGAUGGAGAUCAUCACCCGCGUCCCAGGAAUGGUCAAGAACAUGACUGGUGUGGAUGUGACCAAGAGUAUCCGUGCCGUUUAAGAAGUGAUCCAAGCGCAUCAUCACCGCAAGGAGGGAACGCGGGAAACAGCAGGGGCCACCCAAGAAGCAUUUUAGUUUUUUGGUGUCUCAGAACAGGAUUGCAGCUUCUUUUUCCCUUUAGAUGUGCAAUCAUUUAUGUCGUGAGGACUUGCAGAAGAAGAGGAAAGAGGAGAAAAAUUUAUUAUCUUCCCCCUCACUUUAUCGUUUCAUUUCUUUCUUCAUUUUUAUUCUCCUUUCCAUUUUUGAAACCAAUGGUAUAGCUGUGUCUAAACUAAAAGGUGCAUAAUUUGUUGUGUUAGAUGUUGGUAUGCCUUGAUAAGAUGAAUAUUCAGGUCAGGUCCACUUCUAAAAGUUUUGCAUGCGCUUAUGUGGAGAGUACAAGAAAAUAAUGUGGAACUUUGCGCUGCGCUUACUGCGUACUUCUGGAUUACUGUUGCUGGGGCCUUAACAAACCUUUUCAGACUCACAAAUUUAUAUAGGUGUAACACAUAUAAACCUGCUCCUUAUAUU